AUGCUCACUAUCAUCGCGCCCUCCUUCACCCACGAAUAUUUCAUACAGGAAUCCCAGCACAAUUCCUCCUUUUAUCAACCUGGGAAGGGGAACAUCUUAAGCUUCUUCGCCCAGGGUACUUUGACUCCCCCCCCCUCGAACACUUUCUCUUUUUUGUUCAGCAGCACGAAGAAGAGCGUGGCCGAUAAUUCCGUCUUCAAAGCCAACCUUUUCACCAGCCCCGCCUCCUCUGUGAAAAGCAUCAAUCUGGACUCUUUGCCCACCCCAAUUCCCUCCCGCAAGAGCCUCGCCGCCUAUCUGGAGGAGCAAACCCCCGACAAAGGACCACCCGAAUCGCUUCUCUCACCGGCAGGCACGCCCUCUGCCCCCCCAGCCCCAGCCGGAACUACGGAUACAGAGCCACGGGCCACGUCAAGGCGCCCCGCCUUGUCGCCGUCGUUCGUUUUCGCCGCAGCAGAGGAGGCGGCCGAGCCACGCGGGUACCGACAGGCGGGAUCCGAUGCACCAGGAAGCGAGGAAAAGAGCCGACCCAAGCCCCCGAGUCAAGAGCGAUUUGAGCAGUCGGAGCUGCACCGACGCCUUUCCAAGGGACAGCGUGAAAGGAAGGAACGGCUUGAGAUGUUCAAAUCAAGGAAGCAGGAAGACACCGGCCGCCGUGCUUCCACAGGCGGAGUGCUCGAUGCAAGCAUGAAUACCAGUCUUAAUUCAAGUAUUCUUGGGAGCACGCACAAUACCACCCUCUUCUCCAAAGCGGCCGCUCGUCGCCGCUCCUUGCAAUUGGAGGAACAACAGAAAAAAGAGCGCGAAGAACGUCGCAAAAAUAAUCAGCAGCAGCGACGAAAAAAGCCCGACAAUAAACGGCUGUGCAACUCUGCCCGUCGCCCUCUUCGUCCGCUUUCCCUCGGAAGCUCAAAUCGACGUGCCUCCUUGGCGGAUGCUUCUGGUGUGGGACGGCCUGGGAAAGAUGCCACGCGUCGGAUCAGCACUGGCAGCACCAAAGAAAAUUUCUCCUCGGCUGCCAACGUUUCCGGCGUUGGCCCUGUGGGGAAAGGGCCCAACGCACUCAAGUCCAAGAAGCCUGCGGUCACGAGCAACUCUCUUUUCACGCUCAACUUCUCCCCUCCCCCGCGUCGGGUGGAAGACCGGCAGGUGUACAAUUAUCAAGAGGAAUCAUCGAAGCGGACCUUCAUGAAAGCCGGGGGAAGGCGAAGCUCGAUGUUUUCGUUGGAAUUCUCUCCACCGGGCAAGCCCGGCCUGACAGGAAGGAGAAAGAAGCGUCCGUCUUUGGAAAUAGAAGACGAAGAGGACGACGACGACACAGAAGAAGAAGAACGAGAAGAAGAAGAAGAACAAGAAGCGGGUGUAUCAGAGGAAAAGCACGUCUCUCCACGCCUUGAUGGCUGGCACAGAGAGGGGGCUAAGGAGACCGGGCGCGAGCCAACGCCACCGGAGACUAGAAUCACGGGAGCCGUGGUGGAUUUUAGCGCAUCCGUGCAAAAAGACAUUGACCUGGAGGAAGGGCGCGGUAGCUUGGACGCGGAUCAACUGUCAUCGAAAGCUUCACCCUCGACGCCUCAGGGGCCCGAGAAACAAGGGGAUCCGGCGCAGGAGGAACAGGAGCAGGACCAAGAGAAGCAGAAGGGAGGCGAGGAUGAUCUGGAUGGCCCACGUGCCCAAGAUGACUCGUUUGUGGUGGAGAUCGAGGGGCUUCAUGGGACAGAAGGGGAAGCGGCGGCCGCAGAACCUUCGGUCGGUUCGUCGUCCCCAAGCCAUGUGGAGCAACCCGCACACAUCUGCGAGCCGAUAGCGGACAAGAAAGAAGGCGGGAACAGCGCAAUGGCGGACGUGACGGCAGCCUUGAAUGUAGCCAGCAUCUCCUCUCCUUCCAUUGCCGCCACUUCGCCCCCUACCGCUGCGCCUUCGGCCUCUGCCCGCAGCCCUACGGAUGGGUCUAAGCAGACGACGGCCCUAUCGUCUCCGCUCUUGUCUACUGCUACGGCGAACAUGCAAACGCCGCAACCGCCGCAAAAUGACCUUCCCACCCCUGGUUUCUCUAUGGGGAGUGCUGGCAAGCCCAGGAACAAUGUAAGCAGCAGCAGCAGGAGCACUAGCAAGGCUCACGCGGAGGGACGACCCAUCAUGGAGCUUCCACCUCUGCCCAGCACACCCUCUUCGGCUGUCAAGGCCCCGCUUGCUGCCCCGACCUCUGCAGCCUCCUCUGUCUCUUCCCCGUCAGCCUUCGAAACCUCUCAGCAUCGCACGCCCAUUUUCGGGCCCCUACCCCCCAUGUCCGCCUCCCGCUCCCGACCUUCGGCUUCCUCUGCCUCAGCUGGCAGAACCAAUCUGCUUGAGAGUCAGAACAAGAACAAGGGCUCUUCCUGCACCAAAGAAAACACUUCCAGCAGCAAGGCCUCGCAAAGAAGCCCCUCUCCGAUUUCGCCGACCCGGGCGCAAUUGAUGGCUACCCUGGAUGAUUUGAUAGCUGUCGAGCACGAGAAACGCGCCUUGGCAGACAAACUUUUGGAAGUGGACCAAAGAGCCACUUCUCUUCAGACAGCCCUGGGGAAAGAGACGGCGGAGGUGCAAAAAGCGCGUGCAGCGGUGGCGGCUGCACAAGCUGUGUGUACGGAGAAGGAGACAAUGAUUGCCGAGCUUCGUUUGCGCGUGGAGGAAACCAAGACGAAGCUUACGGCCCUGGAAGACCUCCCUGAGAAGGUAGCAGAAGCAAGCUACGCCUUGGCCACAGCUCAAGCUCAAUGCGCGGAAAAGGAAGCGGCGAAGGCAGCCUUGCAGGCGCGCCUGGAGAGUACUCAGGCCCAGGUCGCAGCUUUAGAGGACUUCGCACGGAAAGCCCAAGAGUCCGCGGCAGGUUUGGCCGCCGCUCAGGCGGUUUGUUCCGAGAAAGAACGAGUCGUGGACGCGCUUCAGGGACAGCUGCAAGACGCCAAGGCGCACAUUGCCAGCCUCGAAACGAUUCCUGAGAAAAUGGCGGAAAGUCAGCAAGCCUUGUUCACUACUCAGGCACUCUGUCGCGAAAAAGAAAUGUUGGUCGGACACCUGCGGGAGCAGCUUCAGGAGCAUCGCACGCGCCUGGAGGUCCUGGAGAAAGACUUGCCCGCGGAGCUGGUGCAAAGUCAGACGGCCUUGGCGACCGCGCAGGCCAUGUGUGGGGAGAAGGAUCGGCAUGUCGCAGAGCUCAAGGAGCGUCUCGCCACCAAGGAGGCGACCUUGGCAGAGCUCGAGUCGAUGCCUACGCUUCUACAGCAAGCGAAAUGGGAGCUUGAAGUGGUCCUGAGGAAAAGCGAGGAGAAAGAUCGGGCCUUGUCGGAAGUGCAAGAGCAGCUGAAGUCGUUGGAAGCCAGUUUGGCCGCUGCCGUCCAGAAAGAGGCCGUGAUUGAACGAGAGAAGGAAUCGCUCCUACAGCAAUCGCGGGCGUCUCCAACCGAGGGAAAAGAGAUUGUGAAAGUCGAGGUUCCAGUCCCUUGCCCUGAGACUUUGCAAGCCUUGGAGGCGGCAAAAGCUGCUUGCUGUGAGAAGGAAGAGGCGGUCGAGGAACUAGAGGAAAGGUUGGCCCAGGCACAAGCGCGCUUGGCACAUUUGGAAAAGCUUCCGCAAGAGAUUGAGAGGACCCGAGAGGCUUUGGCCACGUCCGAGGCACGCUGCGCCCAGGCAGGCCAAUUGAUGGAUACGCUCCAAGAGCAGCUGGAGGAAGCCGUGGCUCGCGUGACCGGCUUGGAAGAAGAGAAGACGUCCCUCCUUGCCGAGCAAGCAAAGCUGCAGGGCCAAGUCGACCAGGUCCAGGCCCAGGCAGAGCAAGUCAUGAAGGAAGCUGCUGCUUCUGCUGGUGCCAGUGACGCUUCUGGGCAGCCGUCGCCAGCCCAAGUGAUGCUGUUGGAGAAGCUGCUUGUGGACCGGCAGGCCAAGGCGGACACAGACCGCGCGCGUUUGGAAGAAGAAGUGGAGGCCCAACGGGUUGAGCGCCGGGCCUUAGAGGAGGCCUUGAACAUGUUCUUCCUGGCGGGAGGAAUGCGAGGACUGGCGUCCAAGGAAAUGGCCGCCUCUAAUGCGCGGAGGGAGGAGAUGAUGGAGGCGCGGGCGGAGGCCUUGCGGGUGUUGGUAGAAGAAAGACGAUCAGCAAUGGGCAAAAUCCGAGAUCUUCAGGAAGAAGCAAAAUAUGCCUUGCAGAUGAAAGACAGGGCCAUGGCAUCGAUUCAAGCGGAACUGGAGGAGAAAGAGGGCCACAUGGUGGCACUUAAACAACAGCUGGUAGAGGAGCAGGAGGCGAUCGCGACCCUUAACGCCAAAUUGACGCAUAAAGAAGAAGAAAUCCAAAAAUGGAAGAAACACACGGAAAGGACUGGGCACCAGGAGGAGGAAGUACAGGCCUUGAUGGCCCGGGUGGAGAAAGAGGAAGCCGAGGUCUGUCAACUGGAUGGGCUGAUCCAAGAGAAGGAAAACGAUAUCGUCAAUCUCCAGCGAGCACUGCGCGAGAAGGAAAACGAACAACGAACCUUAAAAGCAAAGGUCGAGGAACGAGAGAAAGAGUUGGAGGCGAUGCGACAAAAAUGGGAGGCGGCUGAGCGGGAGGGACGGAAUCAGCGACGGGUGCGGGAGGAGGUCGAACGGCAAGUGGAACAGUUGACUGAAAGCCUGACUGGCAAGGAGAAAGAAUGUGACAGCCUCCGCGGUCGGUUGGCUGCUCAGGCUGAGGAUCGGGCGGCGUUGGAAUCCUUGCAGGAUGCUCAGGUCCAGGUGAAAGCCCUGACGGCGACUCUGGAGAAAAAGAACGCAGAUAUGAGCGCCUUGAAAGAGCGGGUCUUGGCAGCAGAGGAAGCAGGAGCUCUGGCCAGGGAAGAAGUUGCUGGGCAGGUGGAGGGCUUAGAGUCAACGUUGCAGGAGAAGGAGCACGAGCUGAAUGGGCUGAUGGAUCGACUGAUGGCCGCACAGGAAUACAGGGAGGAAAUGCAGGGAAAACUGGCAAGGCUGACGGAGGAGAAGGACAAGGCCGAGGCCGCCGCGGCAAAACUGAAAGAGGAGGAUCGAACCAAGAACGAGGAUAUGCAAAGGCUCCUCAUGGACAAAGAAGAGGUCAAGGCGAAGCUCCAGCGUCUCGAAGAGGAGCAACAGACGGCUGCAGCAGCCGUCCGGCAAGUGGAGGCAGAGAAAGAAGCCGUCCUUGCGGAAGCUCAUUCGGCCCAACAGUACGUGCUUGAACUUGAGAAGAAAUGCAGCGGAUUGCACCAGGAGAUCGAGAAGGAAGCCCAGGAAAAAAGUCGUUUGCUAUCGGGGAACGAAUCCCUCAGCGCGCAGGUACAGGAAAAGGAAAAAGAACUUGAGGCGUUGGCCCGCAAAUUGGUGUUGGCGAAGGACUUGGCUGCUUCUUUGGAGGAAGAGCUCAAUGGAAAAGCGAAAGUCUUGAGUCGAGAGCUGGUCCCAGAAAGCGGCCAAAGUCAAUCCUUCUGUCGCCCUCAGACGCGCAGUGCCACAGCGGCUGCAAAAGUAGUGGCUGCGUCUACAGACCCGCCAUAUCCUGCAAGCAAUAAAUUUGGCGACGGCCGCAAAGACCUGGAUGCCCAGGUGGCGGAGCAGCGUCGGCGCAUGUCUUCCAUGGUUGAAGAACAGCGGCACACUAUCGAGGGGCAUGCCGCGGAGCUUGCACGAGAAAAAGAGCUACGCGAGGCGAUGGAGCUGCAUAUGCUCGACGCUCGCGAUGCGGCACGAGCCUUGGAAGCAGAUAAAAUCCGUUUGAAGGAGGAGAUGGAAGAAUACAAGAAUAGGGUCAUGCGUUUGGAGAAGGAAAAAAUGGACAUGUCGCACUCGCUGGGACGGAUGGAGGAAGAUUGCGAACGGGCAGACAUGGUGCGAAAAACGCUGCACAAUCAGUUGGUUGAAUUAAAGGGGAACAUUCAGGUGUUUGUGCGGGUGCGGCCUCCCUUAUCGGAGUCGGGCGAAAUGAGGGUCAAGUCUCUGCCUUUUAAAUUCGUCGAUUCCGGUGUAGGCGUCGGUACCGCCGGGGAACGCUACUGCCGCGCUUUGGAGGUCCCAGUGGCAAGGAUGCACGAAGAUGACGGAUUCGAAAUGGGGAUGGCAGAGAAGAAACGUUUUUGCUACGAUCAGGUCUUUACGCCACGGACGAGUCAAGAGGCUGUGUUUGCGGAAGUCCUACCGCUUGUCCAAAGCGCCUUGGACGGUUACAAAGUCUGCGUCUUUGCCUACGGCCAAACGGGAUCCGGGAAGACCUACACGAUGCUGGGGCCCAAUGGCGGCCGCCUGAACGCGAGCAGCGGCCACCGUCGCCCAAGUAUAUCCUCCGCCAUGUUGCCCGCGGAGCGAGGGAUCGUCUACAGAAGCGUCGAGCAUGUCUUCGGGGCCGUGGCUGCGCUCAGAAAGCAUGGAUGGCGUUUCGGGUUGUCGGUAGAGAUGGUGGAAAUUUACAACGAGAAUUUGCGAGAUUUGCUCGCCCCAGACGUGGACGAAGGUGGCGGUGGCUAUUGCUUUGAAAGCUCUGGAGAUGGAAACGGCAAAGGCGCCUUUGCGGCCAGCGCCGACCGCGACUGGCUCGGGGGAAGCCAGGCCACGGGUAAAGGGAAGAAGAGAGCGAGCAAACGCCUGCAAGUCAAGCACUGUUUCAGCGCCUCCGCCUCGAACGACGCCAUCCCUGGACUCACGUCGCUCCCCGUGCAUUCAGCCUCGGAGGUGGCCGUGUUGGUGUCGGAGGCUCUGGGUCGGCGUUGCGUGAAGCGAACGCGCAGCAACGCCGACUCUUCCCGUUCCCACGUCGUUUUCACUCUGAAAAUUGAGGCAGAGUCCUCCCGAGGGAUCGUGCGACAUGGUUGCUUACACAUGAUCGACCUGGCGGGGUCGGAGAGAAUGAAGAAGGCGGACAGUGCGGCCCAUCCCGAGCUCUUGCGGGAAGCUCAGAGCAUCAACAAGUCGUUGAGCGCACUUGGGAACGUGAUGACGGCACUGCACAAAAAAGAGAAGCACGUACCAUUCCGGGAAUCCGCCCUGACGAGUCUGUUGCGACACUCUCUGGGCGGGGACUGCAAGGCUUUGAUGGUCUGUAACCUGUCUCCCUCGGCGUCUUCCUUGCCGGAGAGUCUUCUCUCCCUCCGUUUUGCUCAGAAGGUGAAUGCCGUAGUGACCCACAGAAAAUAG